AUGGCGACCGUCGCUGCACCGUCCACCAGCCUUCGCUGCUCCGUACUGCCCUCGCAGGGCAAGGCCGUCGCUGGCCGGCAGCUCGCAGUUGUCUCUGCCAGGCCCGCAGCAGCAUUUUCAAGGAAAGCGGCACUUGUCGCGAGGGCCUCGGCGGAGGAAAAGCCGUCAUUGGCGGCGUCCAUCGCCACGGCAGCUGCCACCGCCAUCUGCGGCGCAUGUGUCGCCGUCUCGCUCGCUACUGCCGCUCCCGCCCUCGCUGCUCCCUCGCCCAGCCAGGUGCGCUUCCCCUUGGCGGAUAAGGUGCUGGACCUCAGGCAGUGCGACUUCUUCUUCUCAGGGGACAAGGAGAACCCACAUCCCUCUCUUUUCCUCAAUCCUCCUUCCCAUUCUCCCAUCUCCUUCCCCAUUCCCUCCCCAACCUCCCCCCGCUUCACCCCCCCACCCUCCUCCCCUCUUCCCCUUCCUAACCUUCCUCCGCACCUCCUACCCCAGGUGCGCCUGCCCCCCCUGUCCAACGACCCGGCGCGCUGUGAGCGCGCGUUUGUGGGCAACACGAUUGGGCAGGCGAACGGCGUGUCGGAUAAGGUGCUGGACCUGCGGCAGUGCGACUUCUCGGGCGACAAGGAGAACCUCAAGGGCAAGACGCUGUCGUCCGCUCUCAUGUCGGGCGCCAACUUCGACAACACCGACCUCACUGAGACCGUCAUGAGCAAGGCUUAUGCUGUUGGGGCCAGCUUCAGGGGUGCGGACUUCAGCAACUCGGUGUUGGAUCGGGUGCUCUUCAAUGAGGCGGAUUUGACGGGAGCGUCGUUCCGCAACGCGGUGCUGUCGGGGUCCACCUUCAACGACGCCAACCUCACCGAUACAAUCUUUGAGGACGCGCUGAUUGGCUACGUCGAUGUGCAGAAGCUCUGCCGUAACCAGACGCUCGGGGAGUUCACACGCCUCGAGCUCGGCUGCAAGUAG